CGCCCGUGCGACCUGCCAAUACUUAAUCGUAUCGUGGUUCCCGUUUUGUCUGCUUGAUUUGGCACUCAUUCGGUUCGAUCAACAACAUCCACCUCCCCUUCCACACCCACCUCCACCCCUGGUCCCGGGGCGGUCGCCUGUUUCGACUCCGCAUACUCGCUCACAGCUAGGAGAAUAUGAAUAGAAUAUUUUGGUCCCAGGCGUGGCGCAUGAAUUGAGUCUUUUAUACUGCAGGACAUCUUGAAUUGUCGAUUAAUACUACCGACCUAUUUUACCGUCGCAAGGUGCGCUUGGCGCCAUGUCGACCCAUCAGGGCCCUGACCCAUUGCGCGAAAACAAGCAUGAGGGUUUCUCCAAAUUUGUCAAACGUAUACGGACUGCAAUGAGGAGAAGCUCCAUGAUGAAGGCGGCCCCGACGUCGGGCGCGCAAGUGGCUACUGAGGCGCCCGCUCCCAUUCCAAUCACGACCCUCGCAGCGACUCCUCAAAUACCCAUCAUCAAGGCAGCCCCCGGUGCGACCGUGCUCCCCAAUUGGGGAUCCAUCCAGGAACAGAAGGCGCGCGGAUUGUUGGCAAGGUAUGGAUUAGCGCUCGAACCGGGAGAACGGAAGUUUCCUAGCGAUCAGACCGUGCAGCGAGUGAUCAGACCGAUCCGUAUGCGAGUCCGCCGAACCUGUCACCGCUGUCAGACAACCUUUGGGCCCAGCAAGGUCUGCGUUAAUUGCCAACAUGUUCGCUGCACGAGCUGUCCGCCCGACCCUGCUGUGAAGCCCCAUAGCGCGCGGGCACAGACCGAAGCUGCGCUCCAAACCAUCGUGUCCCAAAAAGCACCCGAAGCUACCCCGACGCCGCGUCAACUCAGAGAGCCUCGCCUGACCUUGCCCUCACGCGCCAGCGGCCAGGACCUGGUUUAUCACCCGCCCCGCCAGAGAAUCCGACGGACCUGCCAUCGCUGCAGCACCGCCUUCGCGGCCGAUGAUGUGCAAUGUAGCACCUGCCAACACAUUCGAUGCACCCUGUGCCCUCGCGAGCCAGCGAAACUCAACAAAUACCCGUAUGGUUAUCCUGGAGACGCAGAGCCUCCCGCGGAGUUACCGGCCCGGACAUGGAAGAAACCCCGGCAACGGGUCCGAUACUUCUGUCACCGCUGCAACAAUGCAUACCAAGCGAGAGAAACCGUGUGCUCCCAUUGCGGGCAGGAGAAAGGUGACGAGACCAUACGCGAACCGAAACGCAAGGAAAGGCCAGAACCCGACCCGGAGAUAGCGCGACGAGUCGAAGAACGACUGGAGCGAGUGAAGAUCGUGAGCGGGAGUUGACGCAAUUGUGCAGUGAGUCGUGGCCAGUCCAC